GAAGAGCUGAGUUAGGAUGCUGCGGCAUGCGGAUAAAUCGCUGUAUAGCACGUCGCAGCUUUAGUUAAUAGGAUGACGACGUCGCAAACUCUUGCACAGAAUAACUGAGCACUCGGCAAAAGUCAUUUACAGUGCGUUUAAGGGGGCAUCUAAACAUUGGGCAGUCCGGCAUUUAAAAAUAAAAUGUUUUGGUGGCUGUUUUUUGACAUUGAGAGAAAUCAACAUUUGUGUGUCUCUUACAACACCUCGCGCAUGAAUUUCCAGCGUGCGACAAUACAGUUCUAGGAUUUCGCUGGAUGUGGGAUACGUAAAGACUUAAAAGUAAGUCCUUGUGAUGGGUGGGGUCCUCUAUGCAGCAAAGAGUGCGGGAGGGGGGCGCGACGAAGGACGAGGUGCGGGGAAGUGCGAAUAUCCUCGGAUGGUGGGGCAUCAGAUAGGCUACGAAAAUCAAGAAAUAAUUUGAGAGCUUAAAAUACCCAAGCAGGUUAUUGUUCCACCCUGUUUCCCCCUCAUCCUCUGAAUAUGUUCAAGGCCCUGGCAGGAAUUUGUUUGCUUCAUCUGACUACAAUUUUCUUCCUUUUUUGGGCAACCAUAGAUGAUGCAUGGUGGUUCACAGAGAACCUUUAUACAGACUUGUGGGGCAGAUGGGUGAUGGAGAACAAUGAUAAUGUCUGGGUGUACAUGGACAUACCGACCUCAUACCGGAAGGACUAUCUGCAAGCGGUCCAGGCGUUUGCAGUGCUGUCCUGCCUGUUUGCUGUGUUCUCUCUGUGUGUGUUCAUAUUCCAACUCUUUACUCUGGGUAAAGGAAAGCGGUUCACCAUCUCUGGAGUUGUGCAGCUCAUCUCCUGUUUCUGCAUCAUGGUGGCUCUGUCAGUCUAUACCGAUCACUUUCACAGAGACGAGAAGAAUGGCUGGUAUGGCUGGUCCUACAUCAUGGCCUGGUUUGGGUGGCUGCUGACCCUCUUCACUGGAAUUAUGUACAUCAUCCUGCGCAAACGAGCGGAUUAAACUUUAGACCUCGCUCUCAGUGCUAAUGUACAGCCUUAAUUAUUUUUCUUCAAAGUCUAAGUACAGAAUUUGAAAAAUAAUGAGUUGUCUCAAAUAUUACCGGCGUUGGUUGGAAUUGUAGAAACUUGCGCAAUAAAUCACAGCAUCAGCAGUUCAUUGAAACAGUUUAAAAUCUGUCAGUGAGAAAGGGUUGAUUCAGCAUUUGAGGAAAAUUGGCCAGAGAAGUUUCUUUCUUUUUUUUCCUUUUUUUUUUUUUUAGAGUAAUACCAUAGAUCGGUUUGAUGGGUAAUCUUUCCUAGUUUCGCAAAGCACUGAGAGCAGUAAGAGGGUCUAAACACACUUUAUUGCAGGGCUUAGUGUGUAAAGAUGGUGAAAAUGCAGUAUAUACAAGAAGGAAAUGUAAAAAAUGUAUUUAUAAUAUGUAUAAAGAGAAAGAUAAGUUGUACAUAUAAAGUACAUACAGAAAAAUAUAUGUUAAUAAAGUGUAGUUUUAAACCACUUGCACUUUAAGAAUUAGCCUUGUCUUAAACAUGGGUUUAUUUCAUUUCCAUUGAUUUUUUUUUUUUUUAUGUUGUAGAUGGCAAUAGCACAGGAUAGUCUCUAGGUCAAGAUAAGGGUAAAAUCUUUGUUACUGCGAUGCAUUAUGGUGCUGUUCAAAUUUGUGAUCACUCACUUGAUCGUGUAGACUUCUGAAUACACAAUCCUUUUGUAAUUGCAUUGUACAGACCCUCUGCCGACAUAUUUAUUUGCAAUUUCUCUGUGGACAAAGGCUUUCUUGAUAAUGAAAUGGGCCCUGUUGCUACGCCAGCCAUUUUUGAUUAGCAUGAUGAUGGUGAUGAUGAAUGAUUGUUGAUGUGGUCAGAUGGUCGGUCACCUUGUAAAAUUCUAGAGCACAGAAUGUUCCAAAAGAAUUUAUAAAAUGCUUUUGUUAGUUUUUUUUAAAUGUCAGUAUGUAUUUAUAGUUUUAUGGGAGUAAUUAUUCAACAUCCUCUCAAGGAAAAAGCUCCUUAUGGACAUCCGAGCUAUUCAGUUUCUGCUUACUUUGUUUGGUUAAAGUUUUAGCUGGCUCUAGAUGUAUUUUUAUGUUGCAGUAUGACAGUAAAUGGAAAGGAUGAUAUUUUUUCAAUGCAAAGCCAAACAGUGUAAACCAGGGAUGACAUUAAUUUUAGUAAUCACAAAUAAAAACCUCGCCACAAGAAUC